AUGCCCAACGAAGACCACCCCAACAUCCUUGCCUCUCACCAGCCUCCUGAAACCUUGGAUCGUUUCUGCGCUCGUUUCCUAGCAAAGGCUCUCGCCGAUAUCGAACGCAAGAUAAAGGAGCAGGAGCAGGCGAAGAAGAACAAUGGACAGCAGAAGGGAGAAGAGCAGACAAAGGAGCCCUCCUCUUCCUCCUCAUCCGCUCCCGAGUCAAAGCCGGGAGCCCAUCCCUCGCUCCUCAAGCCUCGUCCCGUCUUCCCAGGAACCAUGAACAUCGCAAUCUUGAAUAAUGACUGGAUUCCGCUUGUCGACGAGGUCGACCUCAAGGAGCAGUUCCAAUACGAGAAGGAGCAACAGGGCCGGGAGGAGGCGUCUGAGAGUGCCGCUGGAUCGAAGGUCGCCGCUAUUGGCGACGCUGAGACGAAGGGUGCCCGAUAA